AUGUGGAAGAAAGUGGACAGUGUCACAUCAGACGGCCUCACAUCAGCUGACGAAGAUGACAGGCCAAGGAGGAGAAGGCUUCGAAGACGCAGCCGAUUAGAUUCUUUGAUUGACUCCUCAAGGCGGUCUGACGGCUACAUCAGUGAUGUUAGCAUACCAAGAGCAGGCUACAAACUCAUUGAAGAGGAGAAGUCAGCCAGGGGCAAGGUGAAAGGUUCAGUUGUGUGGGAUUUCCUGCGGGCUUUCGGUAUCUGCUUUGCAAUUUCUCUGGUUGCGUUGCUGAUACUCUACCAGGGCGUGGGUGUGGGUGCAAGCAUCUGGCUGUCUCGCUGGACCGAUGACCCCUACCUGCAGAACCACAGUCUGGUUGAGACAGAACUCUUCCUUACAAAGACAUAUACAUAUUUGGCAGUGUACAGUGCACUGGGCUUUGUACAAGCUGUCUGUGCUCUAGCAUUUGUGGGCAACAUAUCCCUACGCAUGGUAGUGGCCUCCAAGCGACUACACGAUGCCCUGCUAGAAAACAUUCUUCGCCAGCCAAUGAAAUUUUUCGACACAACGCCACUUGGGCGGGUCAUCAACCGGUUCUCCAGAGAUGUUGACAUGAUUGACAGCUCUAUGGCUAAACUUGUGCGCAUGUUCUGCCAGCAGUUGUUCACAGUUUUAAGUGUCAUUGUUGUGAUGACCUACACGACCCCGGUGUUCCUUGCCGCUGCCAUUCCUAUUUUGUUUAUAUACUACUUGGUGCAAAAAUUUUAUGUGCCUUGUUCAAGGCAGCUGAGACGAAAUGAGUCUACAACUCGCUCUCCCAUCUACUCUCACUUCACGGAGACCAUCAGUGGUGCUACAUCUAUUCGAGCCUAUGAUGUUGUGGAGCGGUUCGCUUUAGAGUCGCAGAAGAGAGUUGAUAUCAACAAUGCCUUCUUCUAUGCCUUCACGUCUGCUUCAAGAUGGAUCAGGAUAAGACUGGAGCUGCUGGGAAACUUGAUAGUUCUAUUUGCUGCACUAUUUGCUGUGGUUUCUGAUAAGUUGACUGGCAGUUUAGUUGGACUGUCUGUUUCAUAUGCUUUACAAGUGACAAGUACGCUGAAUGAGCUGGUUCAAAACUCCACUCAACUGGAGAGCAAUGUGGUGUCAGUGGAGCGAAUUGUGGAGUAUUCCAGGCUGCCUCAGGAGCCUGCUUGGGAAGUGCCAUCAAAAGAAAUAGACGAUGACUGGCCGAGACGUGGAGAUAUUGUUUUUCACACAUACAGUACUCGCUACCGACCUGAUCUUGACUUAGUUCUCAAGAAUGUAUCCUGUCAUAUCACAGAUGGAGAGAAGAUUGGCAUAGUUGGUCGCACGGGUGCUGGGAAAUCAUCCAUGUCCAUGGCACUUUUCCGCAUGAUUGAAUCAGCAGGAGGCAGCAUCAUUAUUGAUGGGGUCAACAUUGCUGACAUAGGUCUCCAUGAUUUGAGGUCAAGGCUGACAAUCAUUCCACAGGAUCCGGUUUUAUUCUCUGGCACUCUGCGUUUCAACAUCGACCCAUUUGGCACACAUUCAGACGAUGAAAUCUGGACAACACUGGAGUAUGCAAAACUGAAGUCCUUUGUUGCAGAACUUCCCGGAGGACUGUCCUAUUUGUGUGAGGAAGGAGGACAGAAUCUGAGUGUCGGCCAAAGGCAGCUCAUCUGCAUGACCCGGAGUCUUCUGAGAAAAACUAAAGUCCUCAUGCUUGAUGAAGCCACAGCUGCCGUGGACAUGGAAACUGAUAGCUGCUUUUGUGUGCUUCUCAUUUCUCAGACUCAACACAAUUGGACCAAAGAAAGCUUGAUACUGGUUUUGGAUGCCGGGCGUAUUGCUGAGUUUGACACAGUACCAAACCUGCUGGAGAAUAAAGAUUCAGUUUUCUACAGUAUGGCCAAAGAGGCUAAUUUGUUGAACUACAACCCUCCCCACAGGCACAUCAACGAAGAAGAGACCACUGCAUAA